CAAUGGCAACCUUGACUUCCCCUAACAACCAACCAAAUAAGCAUUCUUCAUUUACUACAAUCCGUUUCUUUAAGAUUAUUCUCAGUAAAAGUCUGGAAGAUGGAAAUCUUAAGAUCCCAAACAAUUUCACAAGGAGAUAUGGUGGUGGUCUGCAAAACCCAAUGUUUCUCAAAACCCCAGACGGCAUUGAAUGGAAAGUAUAUUGGACUAAACAUGAUGGUCAAAUUUUGUUUGAAAAGGGAUGGAAAGAAUUUGCUAGUUAUUACUCCCUAGAUCAUGGGCAUUUAGUAGUGUUUGAAUAUGAGAAAAAUUCUAGUCAUAUUGAGGUACACAUAUUUGACAUGAGUGCCCUUGAAAUAGACUAUCCUUUCCAUGACCAUACCAUUGAUGAUUCAGUGGAAAUUUUGAAUGAGCAACCUCCAUGUCAGAAGAAAAGACUGAAAUCACCAAUGUCAUCUUGUCCAACAAGUAAGAAAUCGAGAACUGGCAUAGCUAGAGAAGAUGAAAGAAGCCUCAAUCCGCAAAAUUUUCUCCCGCAUGUCCAAACUAAAGGUAGUCAAUCUGAAGUAACAAACUCUGAGAUGCCAAUAAUUGCAUCUGUCAAGCAAGAGUUGGAUGGUGGGAAUGCAAGCAAAAGAACUUCACUGUUGAUUACUCCCUGCCCCGGGACAACCGGAUCUCUAAAAGAAGUUAUGAAGUUCACCUCUGAAAAUCCCUUUUUCAUAAUCAAUAUAUGGCCAAGUUAUGUGAGGAAAAGCAGAGCAAGUAUACCAAGUGCCUUCGCCAGGAAGUAUGUACAGAAGAACAAGCAGAAUGUGAUGAUACAGUUUGGGAAGAAGUUGUGGCCUGUAAGGUUGCUCUAUUAUCCAAUAAAUUCUGUUGUCAAUUUUGCCGCUGGUUGGAACCUUUUUGCUAAAGAAAGCAAAUUGCAAGUUGGAGAUAUUUGUAUCUUUGAACUCAUUAAUAGAGAAGAGUAUGUAUUUGAUGUUCAUAUUUUCAGAGGCCACACAUAG